UCCAAAAAAGCGAAAGUAUUCCCUCGUUACCGAUGGCAACAACACUGUAGAGUCCGCGAAGCGAAAGCAAUUCCACGCCACCGUGAUUCUCUCUGUUUUUGAUGCUUAUUUAGAAUUGUUUGGGAGUGAAAAAAAAAAAAAAAAAAGAGAAGAAAAGGUCGAUGGCCGUCACAGUAACCCAGAGCCAGCUAACUCUUACAAGUGGAAGGGACAGAUUCAGAAAUCCUCCCUGGUGGAACCGGCGAUCAAGACUUGAACGAAUACUAUGCGGUGUAUCAGGUGUAUGUCUUUUAAUGUGCACCGCCAUGGCGGUAGCUUUGGCGGUGAUUGGUUAUCAUUAUCAAAUUAUGAAGUCAGGGUCCAAUUCUGAAGUAAGUUUGCCGGGUACUUCCGACAAACUUGUGUACACUCUCUACAACUCCAUUGUCCCACCGAAGCCUGCUGGGAUAUGCCUAACUCCAGGAUGCGUAAAAGCAGCUGCCUCAAUUUUGAACAAUAUCAAUGACGCCGUCGAGCCAUGCGAAAAUUUCUACGAGUUCGCCUGCGGAGGAUGGCUGAAAAAACAACUCAUCCCUGAUGAUAGGUCCUCAGUGUCGGUGUUUUCUCUUCUGCAGGACGAUCUCGACCUGAAGCUCAGGGCCAUGGUAGAAACUGGAAUUAAAGACACAGAUUCACAGUACAUACAAAAUUUGAAAAGCAUGUAUGACGCCUGCAUGAAUACAACGCACAUCGAAAUGAUGGGCAACGAGCCACUGGAGAACGUAAUAAAGGAAAUCGGCAGCUGGCCUGCAGUCGUGGGUGAGAAGUGGAACAACGCCACAUUCGACUGGAUGGAUGCCCUGUUUGCGCUCAGGAGAGUGGGAUUUGGACACAAUAUCUUACUUUCUGUAUCCAUUGGACCGGACAUUCGGAACAACACCAGGCACGUCAUAGACCUAGAUCAAGCUAGCCUUGGAAUGCCUGAUAGGAACUACCUGCUGAAAGGCAUGGAUGAUCCUCUGGUUGCAGCUUACUAUCAACUGAUGGUGGACAGCGCAGUUCUUCUAGGCGCGAAUAAGACGACAGCACAAAAGGAAAUGAAAGAUGCUCUUAAUUUCGAGAUCGCCAUUGCAAACUUUUCUGUUCCAAGAGAAGAAAGACGAAAUAUAAGCAGACUUUACAACAAAAUGACAGUAAAUGACCUUUACAAACUUGCUCCAGAUAUAAACUGGGAAAAAUAUUUUAACCGGCUUCUGAUGGACAAAAUUUCGCGUUCAGAAGAAGUGAUUGUCAUUGUACCUGAUUAUGUGCAGAACUUGCAAAAUCUUCUUAAGGCUACUGACAAGAGGGUAAUCGCCAAUUACCUUAUGUGGCGAGUAGUGGGUCAAGCAUUCCCAACAUUGCAUCGAGCUUGGGGUGAGAUAUCGCAGCACUACAGUUCCAUUUUGACCGGGAAGGUCCGGCAAGAAGCUCGCUGGGAGCACUGCUUGGGAACUCUGUCCGGAAGUCUGAGCACGGCCCUUGCCUCUCUGUACGUAAGACACCACUUCAAAGACGGAAGCAAAGACUUGGCCUUGGAGAUGGUCAACUACAUUCAUAGAGAGUUUCUUCACAUUUUGUCUAAAGUGGACUGGAUGGACCAACAAACAAAACAAAGAGCCAAAGAAAAGGCACAAAAUAUGGCGACUUACAUUGGAUAUCCCAAUGAAUUACUUGAAGAAUGGAAAGUUUCUGAAAUCUACGAUGGCUUACACAUAAAUUCCUCUAGCUAUUUUGAAAAUGUUCGUACUUUGAGAAAGUGGGCAACCGAUUACGUGCUGUCAAAACUAAGAAAGCAGAACGUCAAGGGAGACUGGAAAAAGCGUUCUGCAGCAGCCGUUGUGAAUGCUUUUUACAAUUCAAUUGAAAAUAGUAUUGAAUUCCCUGCUGGUAUACUUCAAGGAGUGUUUUUCAACAAAGACAGACCAAAUUACCUUAAUUUUGGAGCUAUUGGCUUUGUAAUUGGGCACGAAAUUACUCAUGGAUUUGAUGACAGAGGUCGGCAGUUUGACAAGGAUGGAAACAACAUCAACUGGUGGGAACCAGAAACAGAUUCUACCUUCCGCGAAAGGGCGCAGUGUAUCGUUGAUCAGUACGGUAAUUACUCUGUUGACGAAGUCGGGCUACAGGUGAAUGGCAUCAACACGCAAGGCGAGAAUAUUGCUGACAAUGGUGGCAUCAAAGAAGCCUUUAGGGCUUACCUUCAGUGGAUCAGGGACCAUGGAGCAGAAGAUUAUCUACCAGGCAUCAAGUAUUCCCCGACUCAGUUGUUCUGGAUAAGUGCUGCGAACGUUUGGUGUGGCAAAUAUAGGCCUGAAGUCCUGAAGUUAAGAAUUAUGACAGGAUCUCACAGUCCUGCUCCUUACAGGGUUAUCGGCCCAUUGGCGAACGCUCCGGAGUUCGCCAAAGAAUUUGGUUGUCCACUCGGAUCGCCAAUGAAUCCGAUCAGGAAAUGUACCGUAUGGUGA